AUGUACAGCGUGGAGGACCUGCUCAUUUCGCACGGAUAUAAACUGCCCAAGAGCGGCCCUCCUUCUGCCACGCCUUACGACAAGCGUCCUGCUGACUGCCAGCGUGAACUUGUGGACAACCGGGCCGGCCGGGGGACGCUGAACGGGUACGAGGCGGAGCGGGGGGCUUCCUUCACCGGCAUCUACGCCAGCAGGCAGGCGCUGGUGAAGUGCUACCCGGCCACAGACAACGAGGGCGGGGAAAGGUUCCAACGGAGGAAAGAAGCCGGCAUCGGUAUCCUAGGUGACGCUCAGCCCUUGGGUGAUUCUCUCGCCACGGAUAGUGGGUUCUACGAUGUUCCCAGUUUGACUUAUUCCGAGCCGCUGAGCCAUGACGAAAGGGACGUGUCCUACUGGCGGAGGCGAGGCCAGGACUUCAGCAUCCUCCUGGACUACGCUGAUGGCCGGGAGCUGAGGGCCUCUGCUGGAGCAUGGAGGCCACAGGCCCUGAUCGCAGCCGAGGAGCACCGGGCCGAGAGGCGAGCGCAGCAGCUAUGGGAGGAUAUUUCCUGGCUACGGGAUCCAGAUGCAGCCCCUUGUCAGCUAAGGGUGACUGGGGAGAGGAAGUGCCAGAGCCUUGGUACAGAGGAGUGGAGACCUGCUGUGGGCCUGGGACGGCAGCUGUCAGAUGGGGAUGGGGACAGAUGGGCUCAGGACCACUAUCGUUUGAGGACACCUGAGGGUUUUUUUCACCCUAGAACUAAAGCAAAGUCUCAAUCUCUCCCACGAGUUUUGUCCCCUGAUAGGAUUGAUGGCCGAGAGCUAAUUCCAGCCAGACCUAGCCUACCCGAUAGACAGCAGAGGAUAAACAGCACUGUCUUCUCUGGGCCCUAUAGUAGGUAUAUCUAUAGUGGUGGUCUUGGCAGGGAGCGUUGGGGUAGGAGUGCUGGGCCAAGCAGCCAUGUUGCACUUUUACCAAAGCCCAGGUUCAGCCGGCCGUUAAAGCCGCCGUCAUAUGAGAUUCACCAGCAGACUAGGGGUAGCGCAGAAAUGCUUGCUAUAGAGCAGGGUGCCAAACAAAAAGAUAGGUCUCUCUAUUUUCCAAGGGGCGGGGAUCUCAGACAAGACUAUUUCGCACAACACUCUGCCAUCACUGGAAUGGAGCCCCCUGGCUACAUCCCACCCCCAUCUUAUAGAAGACCCCCACUCCCAAGAGCAGUUUCAAUCAACCGCAAUGAAAUGGCAAACCUAAGAUGGAGGGCGGAAGCUCUGCAGAUGCAUAGUUCAGAUCCCGGAAGGUGGUUUUCCAGACAGGCAGGUGGUUCAUGGCUGGAGUAUUAUGGAGAUCGUGGGGCAACCUAUCGAAAACUGGUGCAUUCUGGACAUGAAGAGCAACCAGGUCCUGCCCGUCAAAUACCCACUGAAGACCCAAGAGCGAAGCAAGUCUCAGGAGCGUCUGGGGGAAAUUCUCUCACUGACUCAGACAAGAUCCGUAACAUCAGCAAAGAGAUUCCACCCGCCAAGAUUUUAGGACAAUCUACACAUGAUAGUGCCUUUCCUCCCCAACAGGGGCCAGCUCUCAAUACGGAUGGCCGCAAAACAUCUCUUAUAGAAAAUGACAGCAUUAAUCGAUGGUCUAGCAGGGGAUUAAUCAAAAAAAGUGACAGUGUAGGUCCUGAACAAAACCGUACUCAGUUCUUUCCUUCAUCUAUUCUGGGUAAACCACCACCUCCCCCAUGCAAGCCGGUUGAUCAGGGUGUCUCUGAAAUUGUGGCAGAGGUAAAAAAGGUGGAGGUACCUGAUCCACCAGAAAAAGACAAAAACAAAAAUCUAAAAAAGAGACUUAGUGAGACAAUUUUUUGUUUGGUGUCUGUCCCUCCUACUCCACAACUCUGUGGGACGAUCCGUGAUCAGAAUAACAACAAUGAGAAGUCACCAGACCCAGCAGACAGUCCAAGUGAGAAUAAAACGGGCCACUUAACAAACCAAAGUCUCCAAAGCACAUCUUCAGCUGAAGCUGAGCUGCAAGCACUUACUGGUAGCAUAGCAAGCAGCAAAACAAGCAGUAGAGCAAGCAGCAAAAUGUUUAAAAGAGUACCCUGUAGACCCCCUAAAAUAAACCAUUACAAGGAGCUGAAACUGUCUGGAUCCUGGCCUUCAAACCAGUAUCGAGACCAGGAGACACAAACAAGUCCAGAGGCCCAAAAACCUGCCCCUGAAAACAAGGAAGCACAACAAGAACCUGUCCCUCCAGACACUGAGGACCCUCCUGACAGCAGCUGUGUAGCGGGCUCUUCCUUCACUUUUCCUAUUAAGGGAGUGAAGAGCCUGAAACUGUCGAGCAACAGCGCCUUCUCCCUGACAUCCACCUUCUCCAACACGCUGAACAAGAGCACAGCUCAGCAGCCAGCAGUACCACCCUCAGGAAAUGUGGAGGAGAACAAACCAGCAGCAAUCACUGGGCCAGAGGCUUUGCCACCGUUGCUACUGAAACCGAUUGUCCAGCGGCCAUGGGAUGCUGUCAAAGAGCUUGAGACCAUCAAAAAGGAAGUCCAGGAUCAGCAGCAGCCGCAGACCAGCAAACAGCCCAGCGUAGACAAGUGCAUAGAGGACCUCAAUGAGGCUUACAAAGACAUCUUGGAGCUAGGCACUGCCAGCAAUAAAGUCCCAGAUGGUUCCGUACAAAUCCCUGAGCGUAUCAAAAUCCGGUUGACAUCAGAACCUCUCAACAAGCCCAGCAGCCUUAGGCGCAGUGCAGUAAGCUGGUCAGUUGACCCAGAAUACAGGGAAGUCAAGAGCGCCUUCUCCAGGCCUGCAACAAAAUCAGUGACUUUCAGCAAGCAGCUUCGGGAGGAACUGCCCGUCCCCCCCAGGGAGACAGGCUUCCGAGAAUACAGGGUUCUUUCGCACCUUUCGCGCAGGCGGAGCACUGAUGGCAGGACAGUCAAACUAGAUCUGCCAGAUGAGCCCAUCGAGACACCACUUUGUGACUUCAGUCCAACAACGCACAGCACAUCAGCUGAGGUACCGUGGGCAGACAGACAGCCCAUGCAGGAUGCCUCUACACUCACUAGUCCUCCAGAUUACGAGGACAUAUGCCUGACUCUGCGUCAUUCUAAAGACCCAUCGGAUGGCAAUAAAGCAUCAGCAGGCAAUUCAAACCCCAAUGACCCUGAGACUCUUCAAGAUCUCAGCGCUGAAUCAGAGGAAGACUGCCCUAUUUGUAAAAGAGAGCUUGAGAAUCAGAUGAGACAGGGUCCAUUGCCUCCACUUCACGAGGAGAACAGCUCGGACAGCUCGGCCACUCAAAAUGGCAGUCCACCACAAUGUGCUGCCUUGGAAAGUCCAGCAGAUGAUUCCCUAACUGAGGAGCCAAAUGACUCGAGUUUGAAUCAGUCUGGGUCUGAAACAAGGGAACAGAGUACUUUGACACAGGGAGGGAAUGAAAUAACAGACAAUGCUCAAGCAGACAACUUGGACAAUAAGGGUGCAGUUAAUCCUGCCGAGAGCUUAUUAACGAAUGACGCUACAAAGGAGAGCGCAUCCAUAAUGUUAGCAAAUGAUGUGCCUGCAGACCCCCAAGUCACAGAGGAUCAGAGAGCUAAGGAAGCAAAAGCUAAGGAAGUAGAAGUGAAGGAAGCCAGUACAGGAGAAAAACCUGAAGGCAGUGCAGACAAACAGUCAGCUGAAGGGAAAUCUGAGAAUGAGAUACAAGACAGUGCUGCACCUGAAGACAAGCAGGCGCAGGAGAAGAAUCCUUUCGCCGCCCCAGAGCAGAGAGUGGUUCUACGGACUCAUUUGGGUCGAGACCACACAGGGUUACCUGAGUUUCCACCAGAUAGACUUCCCCUUUCAGUUCCCCUUAAUCCGGACCGCAGGCUGUCCCUCAGCUUGGAGGGGGAGAGGAGGAGCAGGGGACCAGCUCACCGAAUGGAGGCGCUGCAGAACAAGCUCGCUAUUUCCCCAGGACGGGUGGCGGUCGAGCGUCUGGCCCGGAUGAGGGACGUGGACGUUAUGUAUCGCAUGAGGCGCCUGAGCAUCAGGAGCAAUGACUCUGGGGAAGGGGACGCAGAGGGGGAGGGGGAGGGAAAGGAGGAGCAAGUGGAGGAGAGCCACCCUUUGCCUCAGAGAAAGAAGGAGAAUGACCAAGAGGUCGACAAUUCACAGCAGGUCUCUGAUGAGACAGUGUUACACAACGAGGAGGAGUCAUCUCUCUCAGAACCCCUUGAUCCCAGCCGAGUGGAGACAUUGUAG